UUUGCUUAUUUUAGGUUUUUUUGAUGUCAGGCUUAUUUUAGGUUUUUUUUAUUACGGCCUGCAGAAACGGUGUUUUAGACUUGAAGAGCCGGGGGCGUUCUAACAGAACGGAAUAGAAAGAAAAGAAACAAAAAUCUCCUCUGGAUUCGUAGAAAAGGAGAUUCUAUCCUGUGAUUAGGUUUAAGUAAAAAAGUUAUUUUAUGGCGGGAGGAGACGGAGCACCUUGUGGAGCUUGCAAGUUUCUUAGAAGGAAGUGUGUUAAAGGGUGUGUGUUUGCCCCUUAUUUUUCUACAGAGGAAUUGGGUGCAGCUCAUUUUGCUGCCAUUCAUAAGAUCUUUGGCGCAAGUAAUUUCUCUAAGUUGCUCCAGCAUAUUCCAUCAGAAGAAGAACGAUUUGAUGCAGUCGUUAGCAUUUCGUAUGAGGCCCAGGCUCGCCUUCAAGAUCCAAUUUAUGGCUGUGUUUCACACAUCUUUGCUCUUCAACACCAGGUCGCACAUUUGCAAGCUGAACUGAGCUUUGCCAACGCUCGGCUGGCUGGUAACUCAGGCAGGACCCUAUUGAGUCCCCACCAUCAAAAUCAAUACGGUGAAAUAUCAACUUCAUCGGUUAACAGUUCUCAUGGACAUUACAAUUUAUCAAAUGAACUACAGUCAAACCAUCGAAGUGAAUCUGAAAACACUGGUUUUCGCCAUGGAGAUAAGAGUUCAAAUCUCCUUAUGCAAAUGCAGGAUUACUACCAUAAUCCCCUAUCUGCAACCCAACAAAAAGAUGUCUUUCAUGAUAAUAUAAAUCCAUUGGAAGCAUGCCCAGAGCAUGGAGGAGACCUCCAGGCUUUAGCAUUUUCUCUCCUUAGAAGUAGAAGCUGA